UGAAGGCAGAGGCCCAACCCACUGAGCCACCCAGGCGCCUCCAGGAUCUCUGUUUUGAGAGACAUUUAGAAGAUACAAUAACUGAGUGGCCCACCCAGUCUGUUCGGGAGAAAGGGUUUGGGAUGAUCAACAGGGGAAGAGGAAGGUUUGGGAGGUCAACUUUGGCUGAAGUAGCUGGCAAGAGCAAGCCUCUCUAAGCCUCAGUCAGCUCCUCUGUAAAAUGGGGAGGCAAUAAUUCUGCCUUCACAAGAUGGUCAUGAGGGUCAAACGUGUCACAACGUGAAGAGUGCUUAUACAAAUAUUAAAGGAGAAGAAAGACUGGGAGGUAACUGAGGUGACUGGAGAGAGCAUCUUUGGGGGUGCUGUACCCGAGACCCAAACUCUCAAGGGCUCUUCCGAACUGGAGAUCCUCUGGCGGUGACUGGGUUGGGUGGGGGGUGUUGGGGGGGAAGCCCCAGGAGCCUGGGUCUGUCCCUGGCACUUCUCUUCUUGGUUUGCAUCUCUAUAGCAGGUUUGAGGAGUUGGGGGGGGGUAAUGACUCAGCUCCAGCCACCUAGAGGUGCCCCUACCUCAGGAAAACGGGGUGGGGGCAGGGGCAGACAGUGUGGGGCUGGGGCCCUCUGGAGGUCCGCGUUCAGCACCAUCUGCCCCAGGCCAGACCCAGUGGUCCGAUGGCGGGAAAGGGUCGGGGGAUGGUGACAGCAGCAGAGGUGGAACCUGGGGCUGAAUUGUACCCAGAAACCCCAGGGUCCUGGGCUGUUCUGGGUUCCCUUUCCCCAAAUACACGCUCUCCCUGGUGGACAGAGGGCAGCUGUACAGGGAGGAGGAACAGGAACAGAAGGGGAGGUGCAGCCCUCACAACACACCCGGCCUACAUGGCCCCCCAUUCGGGGACUGGUUGGGUCCUCCUCCCCUGGGCAGACCACCCCAUGAUGGUGCCCUACCACAUUGCACCUGCCACCUGUCCCUGGAAAUGAGGACAGAUUGGGUGGUCUCCCCAGCUGAGACCCUAUGUGCACAAUCCUCAGGGCCGGUGACGGUGGAGAGGGGAAAAUGUCAGGGACGGCCUGGGGGACAUGACCCCAAGAAGAGCGGGAACAGGACAAGAGGGAGGAGGCUCUAAAUUAUCCAUCAGCACAGACCGGCCACUGGCCCAAUGCAUAAAUGUAUAGAGAAAAUAGGUGGGGGCAGAGGGGGAGAGAGAAGGGACCAGGGUAUAAAAAGAGCCCGCAAGGGACUGAUUCCAGGAUCCCAGCACCCAGCUCCCCAAAGCGCUCAGGGUCCUGUGGACAGCUCACCUGGCUGCAAUGGCUGCUGGUAAGUCCCCUUGGCCUUGUCAUGUACUGAGGGGCAAGGCAGGGGUGGGGUGGGGGGGCUGCCAAUGGUUGGGGGCACUAACCCUGGGCUCUGGGGCUGCUGGAGGGGAGCAGAGACGGCUCUGCCCAGACGUUUGGCCAAGUGUUAAAUGUUCUCAGCCCCUGGGGGGAGGGGAAGGGCUGGCAGGAAACGGGCAUCUGGUCGUCUGGGCCCCAGCCUUGCCCUCUGUGUCCCUCUGUGUGCAGGUCCUCGGAACUCCGUGCUCCUGGUCUUCACCCUGCUCUGCCUGCCCUGGCCUCAGGAGGUGGGCGCCUUCCCGGCCAUGCCCUUGUCCAGCCUGUUUGCUAACGCCGUGCUCCGGGCCCAGCACCUGCACCAGCUGGCUGCUGACACCUACAAAGACUUUGAGCGGGCGUACAUCCCCGAGGGCCAGAGGUACUCCAUCCAGAACGCGCAGGCCGCCUUCUGCUUCUCAGAGACCAUCCCGGCGCCCACCGGCAAGGACGAGGCCCAGCAGAGAUCCGACGUGGAGCUGCUCCGCUUCUCGCUGCUGCUCAUCCAGUCGUGGCUGGGGCCCGUGCAGUUCCUCAGCAGGGUCUUCACCAACAGCCUGGUGUUCGGCACCUCGGACCGAGUCUACGAGAAGCUGAAGGACCUGGAGGAAGGCAUCCAAGCGCUGAUGCGGGAGCUGGAAGACGGCAGCCCCCGGGCCGGGCAGAUCCUGAAGCAAACCUACGACAAGUUUGACACAAACCUGCGCAGCGACGACGCGCUGCUCAAGAACUAUGGGCUGCUCUCCUGCUUCAAGAAGGACCUGCACAAGGCCGAGACCUAUCUGCGGGUCAUGAAGUGUCGCCGCUUCGUGGAAAGCAGCUGUGCCUUCUAGUUGCCGGGUUUCCCUUUGACCCCGUCCCCACAGCCUCCCCUGACCCUGGCAAGGGCCUCUCCGGUGUCCACUGUGCUUUCCUAAUAAAAUGA